ACGACGUGCAGAGUUGCAUUCGCCAUCACCAACCCUUCCAAACAAAGGCCGAAACGCCCUCUCCAUUCCACACCGUCGCCGGCCUCACACAUAAAAAUGCCUCCUUUUCUUCUUUCUUGGUCGUCGUUGUUGCCGUCGCGUUGGUGGAGGUGUUAGCAAUUGGGGCCACAAGAAUGAACGCUUCUGGUGCAGCGCCGCCGCCGCCGCCGCACGGGGGUUCCAUAGCAAGCACCAUCGAGAGGAAGCUAAGCCCGGGGAUCCUCCUCAUCGCCAUCCUGGCGAUGGUCUUCUUCAUCUCCGGCCUGCUCAACCUGCUGGUGCAGUACCUCCUGCGGCUGCGGCGGGCCCGGCGGCGCCGGCGCCGCGUCGGGGACGCGGCCGGCGACGGCAGCCCGACGCCGUUUCAGGGCCAGCUCGGUCAGCUGUUCCACCUCCACGACGCCGGCGUCGACCAGGCCUUCAUCGACGCGCUGCCCGUCUUCCCCUACCGCGCCGUCGCGGGGCGACGCAAGGACCCGUUCGACUGCGCGGUGUGCCUCUGCGAGUUCACCAUGGACGACAAGCUCCGGCUUCUGCCGACGUGCGGCCACGCGUUCCACGUGGCCUGCAUCGACGCCUGGCUGCUGUCGCACUCCACCUGCCCGCUCUGCCGCGGCAGCAUCCUCGCCGAGGCCGACCACAAGAUGGCGUCCAGCCCGAUCCUGCUCAUGCUCGAGUCCGAGAGCCUUCCCGAGACGGUCGUCGGGGACGGCAGUGAUCCGGGAGAUAGAGACAACGAGGAGUCACCGAAGGCAGAGGAGAUCGUCGAGGUGAAGCUUGGCAAGCUCAGGUGCGUGGACGGCAAUGUUAAUGCUGGGGACCUUGCAGUCCAUUGCACAAGUAGCAGCAAUGGCAAUGACAGGGGAAGUCUUGGACAGAGGAGGUGCCUGUCCAUGGGAUCCUACGAAUACGUCAUGGACGAGCACGCCGCGCUCCGCGUCGCCGUCAAGACGACGCCCAAGAGGAGGCCCGCGAGCUCGAGGUCGCGCCGCCGCCUCGCGCUGUCGGCGUGCGACUUCGGGGGCUCCAACAAGGGCGCGUGGGAGACGGCGGUGACGGAGGCCGCCGCGUCAGCGGACGCCGGACGGUGCAGCGACGGCGCCGCGAGCCUGAACAAGGACAGCUUCUCCACGUCCAAGAUCUGGAUGGUCUCGGCCUCCAAGAGAGAGGAUAAUGGUCGCCGGACAGCAGAAUUGGCCGCCGAGAGGCGCGCGCUGUCGUUCCGGUGGCCGUCGAUGGCCGCCGGGUGCAAGAAGCACCGCGGGAGCGAGGAGAGCUGGGACGUAGAGGUGGCAGGAAGCUGCGGCGACAACGGCGUGCCGUCUGUCGCGGAGGAGCGGCCGUCGUUCGCGAGGGCGGCGCUGCAAUGGGAUGCCGGCGGGAGGCAGGGAGGCCAUUCUUGAUCGCAUAUAGUUUGCACACUGAACACACAAGAUUGUUUUUUUUUUCUUGUUUGAUCUCUCCUCUCUUUUCGUUUUAUUUCUCAGAUUGAUUAUAGUGAUUUCAAAUCAAGAAAUUUGUGUGAAGGAAGUGACAUGAAUUUCAUUGGUGUGAUCCACACCACACUUUGCAGAGGAA